CUAAAUCAGAUCUUUUCAUCACAUAACUCACACAAAAGAGAAGCCGUUCUCCUGUUCUGAAUGUGGUUACUGUUUUGGUACUAAAUCAGACCUUAUGGCACAUCAGAAAACUCACACAGGAGAGAAGCCGUUUUCCUGUUCUGAAUGUGGGAAAUGUUUUGGAACUAAAUCAGACCUUAUGGCACAUCAGAAAACUCACACAGGAGAGAAGCCGUUUUCCUGUUCUGAAUGUGGGAAAUGUUUUAGCCGGCAUUCACACCUUGUUAGACAUAAGAGAACUCACACAGGAGAGAAGCCAUUCUCAUGUUCUGAAUGUGUGAAAAGUUUUACCUGUAAAUCAAACCUUAUGGCACAUCAGAAAACUCACACGGGAGAGAAGCUGUUCUCCUGUUCUGAAUGUGGGAAAUGUUUUGUAACUAAAUCAGAACUUAUGGCACAUCAGAGAACUCACACAGGAGAGAAGCCGUUCUCCUGUUCUGAAUGUGGGAAAUGUUUUAGAGCUUAUUCAAACCUUUUUUCACAUCUGAAAAUUCACACAGGAGAGAAGCCGUUCUCCUGUUCUGAAUGUGGGAAAUGUUUUAGCCAUCAUCCAUACCUUGCUGUACAUCAGAGAACUCACACAGGAGAGAAGCCUUUCUCAUGUUCUGAAUGUGGGAAAUGUUUUGGAACUAAAUCAAACCUUAUGGCACAUCUGAAAACUCACACAGGAGAGAAGCCGUUCUCCUGUUCUGAAUGUGGGAAAUGUUUUAUCAAGCAUUCAUACCUUGUUGUACAUCAUAGAACUCACACAGGAGAGAAGCCAUUCUCCUGUUCUGAUUGUGGGAAAUGUUUUGGAAAUAAAUCAAACCUUAUUUCACAUUUUAAAACUCACACAGAAGAGAAGCUGUUCUGUUCUGAAUAUGGGGAAUUAUUUGGCGAUAGUUCAAAGCUUGUUAGACAUCAUAGAAAUCACACAAAAUAGGAAUUUUCUGAUGUUCUGAAGUUGUAAAAUGUUAGUUACAUACUGAUUUUAAAAAGAAGUACAUUUUUUUUAAAACAUUUAUUUUUGAAAUGCAUAGUUAGACAAACAAGAUUACAAUGACCGUUUUGCAAAUAUAGGCUUGUCAAUAAACGAGACAGAAGUAGAAAACGUCAUAAAAAGCGCUGCACUUUUUUUGUGUGUAGAGAUAACAAAGACACCAGUAUUCAAUGAUAUGGGUAUGUUACUAGCAAAGAUAUUGCAGUAGAGUCAAUAAUGCUAGGCUAGUAUGCUAGACUACUGUAGAUCCACAGUCCCUAAAGUAAAGGUCAGGUACAGAGGCUCGCUCAACCCAUGGCAAAUAGAAACAAGAGUAGGGGCCCAGUGCAGGCACAAAGGAAUAAGAAGCAAAAGAUAAUAAGGUAUUGACAUAUAUAACAUCAAAUUAAAUUCCAACAAACUGCAGAAUUGC